CAAAAUUUGUGCGGUAGAUUUAAGAUUGUUUUUUAUUUGGAAAAGUUUAAUAAAACCACAAUUUCAGCGUAAACAAAUCAUAAACUUGAUGUGUUUCUUGACUUGGGGUAUCAUCAUUUACUGAGAGAUUCUAAGAAGUCAAGAUUGCUCAUCAGCAGGCUUCAAUCAUCAGCAGGCCUCAAUCAUGUCGAAAUCGUCAAAACCAUACACAUUUCCUGUUCUGGAAAUUGAUCAGAUGAAUAAGUUCUUCUCUGAGAUGGCAGAGUUGAAUGUAACAGAGGACGAUCUAAGAAAACCGCAGGCGGCGCUGGUGCAGAAGUUGUACAAGAUCUGUCUAGAACAGGUCCUGGAUAUCAAUGUGGAUGGAGUCUGUCAGUCUAGUUUUUCUAACCUCAACGAGUUGGAUUACCCGGCAGUUCAUGAAAAUUCAAUCUACUUGCGAAACUUUGCAUUGGCAUUGCAGCGGGUGUUAUCAAGAUGCGCUGGGGACACAUUCACCAUUAGAGAUCUAGUGGACCCAAAAGCGAAGCCUACACGGCGGUACUUGAGUGGUCUUAUCAACUUCUAUUACUUCAGUAUGGAGAGGCUGCCGGCCUAUGAAAAGUUGAAAAAUGAGAGGGAAUCGGAAAUAGAACAGGUUUCUAAUCUUUGUAAGGCGAAUGAUGAAAUAAAGAAGAAAAUCAACAGUAUUCAGACACAUAGAGCAGAGCAGGCACCAGAUGUUCAAAAGGGUGAAGCCGAAAUUGAGAAGGUGGAAGAAGCGAUUGAACAAUACCAGAGACAGCAGAAUACCAUCAAGAAAUUAAAUGAAGAGUAUCAGAGUAAGAUACAGGAAAUCAAUUCCAUAAUGGAUCAAAAGAAGCUUGCUACGGCUCAGCUUCACGAGGAGAGACAAGAACUCGAGGCCAAGAUAGUCCAAUCACCUGAUCGAAUGAAACGAGAACAGGCGAACAUGUACAACCAGCAGGCUGAACUUAAACUCCAGAAGGAAGAGACGUCCCUGAGACUGAUUGAGACCCAGCAGCGGUUUGCGCAGAAGGCCGAAUGGUUGAAUGAUUUUGAAUCCAUCAGUCGCUUGUGUCAGAAUCUUUACGAGCAAGUCUCUAACGAAAGGGAGUGUGCUCAGAAGUUCACGAAAGCUCAGGUAGAACACCGCGUUCACCAUGCCAGCAUACAGAACCUCCUACGGAAGGAGGAGUUGCUAAAUCAACAACUUGAGAGUAAGCAGAAUAAAAUGAGCAAGCAGCGCAUCCUUCAUAAGAAGAAAAUGGCUGAGAUUGAAGAAGAGCUUCAGAAACUCAAGAUUGAGGAAGAGGAAUUGUUGCAGCAUCAGUCGAAGGAGCAGGACGAGAUUGGUACCAUGCGACAAAAGAUGAGGGAGAUCGAGGACAAGAGCAAGGGGAAGAUCAACCAGGAGCGAGAGAGUGUGGCGAAGAUGAAAUCAAAGCUGAAACACUUGCAACAGGAGGUUGAUUCAUACCAUGCAAAGCUGCAGAUGUCAUCUGAGAAGAUAUUCACUCUCAUGGAGGAACAUGCCCCUUGAACGCUUAAAGGAGGACAGAUUAAUGGCAAUAUUCAUAACAUAUAUGUAUAUGUAUACCACAUGGAGAUUUCUGACUUUCAUAACUAUGACUUCAUGUAUAUUGAUUGUCAGUUGUCGGACCUACAUGUACGCGAGGGUCCACGCUUGGAAGUGAAUGUGGUCUUGGAAUCUUUCCAUAUAGGAUAUCGAAAAGACAUUGCAACAAACAAAUAUAAAACAUAAAUAUUUAUU